UACCCGGUGUUCGUUCGGUCCCGAAGCGGAAGGUUCUUCGGUUUUAUUUAACGUUCGUUCGCGCGGAAGGAUCCGUCUGAUGGUUGUAAAUAUUUUCACCCGGCGCAGCACGAGGCAGAGUGGCGCGCGCUUCUGUGAGCUUCCGACGCCGCGCGACUGGUCUCGACCGGAUUACCGAUGGAAAUUCGCGGUGGAACGGCCCCGUUUCGCCCCUGAGAAGACACCGGGACGUCGCCGUUGACUGAGGGUUUCGCUGGCGGGGGAAGCCGCGUCCAGCAUGCUGCUCUCCACGCGGGGCUCCUUCCCUCACCUGGCGCCCAGCACGGAGCUGCCGGCGAAGCUUCAGCCAGCCAAAGCGGAGAAGCAGCCGUUCGAGAAGCUGUACCGGCUGGGCUCGGUGCUCGGCAGCGGGGGAUUCGGCACCGUGUACUCGGCGGUCCGCCUCGCCGACGGGCUGCGGGUGGCGGUGAAGCACGUGUGCAGGGACAGGGUGACUGAGUGGGGCUCUCAGUGCGGCGCGGUGGUCCCUCUGGAGGUCGUGCUGUUGCAGAAAGUGGGCGGGGCCUUCGGCGGCGUGGCGCGGCUGCUGGGCUGGUGGGAGCAGGCGGACGGCUGGCUGAUGGCGAUGGAGCGGCCCGAGUCGGGCCAGGACCUGUUCGACUACAUCACGGAGCGCGGUGCGCUGGGCGAGGUGGCGGCGCGCGGCUUCUUCCUGCAGGUGCUGGAGGCGGUGCGCCACUGCUACGCCUGCGGCGUCGUCCACCGCGACAUCAAGGACGAGAACCUGCUGGUGGACCUGCGCACCGGGCAGAUCCAGCUCAUCGACUUCGGCUCGGGCGCCAUCCUCAAAGACGGAGCCUACACAGAGUUCGACGGCACGCGGGUCUACAGCCCCCCCGAGUGGAUCCGGUUCCGCCGGUACCACGGCCGCCCGGCCGCCGUGUGGUCCCUCGGCGUGCUGCUGUACGACAUGGUGUGCGGCGACAUCCCCUUCGAGCAGGACGAGGACAUCCUGAGGGGGCGUGUCUACUUCAGAGGGGACGUCUCCUCCGAAUGCCAGCAGCUGAUUGGCCGGUGUCUGAGCCAGCAGCCGUCUGACCGGCCCACCCUGGAGCAGAUCCUCCUCCACCCCUGGGUGACGGACACCGCCGGCGGCGUCACGCUCCACGCCGACUCCGACUCCUCCCCCUCCAGCCAGCAGAGCCUCUGAUUGGUCAGCCAUAGUUUGCUGGGAAGUGUCUUUUUCUUUUUUUCUUCUGAGCAGCUGUGUGCUCCACAGCGCCCCCUCCAGGCCGGGAGGGGUGCCACACGGCGGGUGGCGGUGUUCAGAGUGAGUUUGAAAGCUGCUGUGCAGAUCAGGAGUCGGUGGGUUGAGUCCAGUUAGUUUCCAAAGAUUAUUUAGUUUUUUGAGAAGUUCAAAUGAGCGCGAUAAGAAGCAGCUAUACGUUUCAUAUUCAGUAUUAUAUUUUGAAUAUACUGUUUGAUUUUGUUUACACAUGUAUAUAUUUUUAUAUUUUUUGUACAUUAUUUUUGUAUUUCUUCAGUAAAGAUGUAUCUCAUCAUUUUGGUUAUUUAUGUAAGUUGUCAAACAUUUUCUAAACUUUUUUUUAUUUUUGUGAUUUUCAUUUUUGUAUUUUUUUCUUUCUUUCUCCAAAUGGGAAUAAAAUCCGGAUCAGGAAUCCUCA